ACAGAACAAUGACCUGAAAAGACAGUGCCUGCUGGAGCGGCUGCUGGAUGCAGUGAAACAGUGUCAGAUUCGCUUUGGAGGGAGAAAGGAGAUCGCCUCAGACUCCGACAGCAGGGUGACCUGCCUGUGUGCCCAGUUUGAAGCUGUCCUGCAGCAUGGCUUGAGGAGGAGUCGCGGACUGGCGCUCACGGCGGCGGCCAUCAAGCAGGCAGCGGGCUUCGCCAGCAAAACCGAGACAGAGCCCGUGUUCUGGCUCUACGUGAGGGACGUCCUCAACAAGCACGAGCUGCAGCGCUUCUACGCCCUGCGCCACAUCGCCUCGGACGUGGGGCGCGGCCGGGCCUGGCUGCGCUGCGCCCUCAACGAGCACUCGCUGGAGCGCUACCUGCUCAUGCUCCUGGCCGACCGCGGCAGGCUCAGCACCUUUUACGAAGACUGGUCUUUCGUGAUGGAUGAAGAAAGGGCCAGCAUGCUUCCGACCAUGGCAGCUGGUCUGAACUCCAUACUCUUCGCCAUCAACAUCGACAACAGGGACUUAAACGGGCAGACUAAGUUCGCGCCGACCGUCUCGGACCUCUUGAAGGAGUCCACGCAGAACGUGACCUCCCUGCUCAAGGAGUCCACGCAGGGAGUGAGCAGCCUCUUCAGGGAGAUCACGGCGUCCUCUCCGGUGGCCAUCCUCAUCCGGCCCGAGCAGGAGACCGACCCCCUGCCCGUCGUGUCCAGGAGCGUCAGUGCCGACGCCAAAUGUAAAAAGGAACGUAAGAAGAAAAAGAAGGUGACCAACAUUAUCUCAUUCGACGAUGAGGAAGACGAGCAGAACUCCGGCGAUGUUUGUAGAAAGACCCCGGCCGGGGAGAGCUCUGAGGAGAACUCCGACCGCUCCUCGGUCAACAUCAUGUCGGCCUUCGAGAGCCCCUUCGGGCCGAAUUCCAAUGGGAGUCAGAGCAGCAACUCCUGGAAAGUCGACUCCCUGUCGUUGAAUGGGGAGUUUGGAUACCAGAAGCUGGACGUGAAGAGCAUCGAUGACGAGGAUGUGGAUGAGAACGAGGAGGACACGUAUGGGAGCAGCAGGAGGCGCGCGGGCCGCCCAGAGUCGCCCGAGAAGCCCCUGGACGGGACCCCCUGCUCCUCCCAGACGCACAGCUGGGCGCCGCUGCAGGUGCUGCACGGGGACGCCGAGGUCCUCUUCCCGGUCAGCGGCGUGGGCUCCUACAGCCCUGCAGAUGCUCCCCUCGGCAGCCUGGAGAACGGGACGGGACCUGGGGACCACCUCCUCCCCGAGCCUGGGCCUCGGUACAGCGUGGAAGCCAGCCCCCCAGGCCCGGGCGGCCCCCUGAGCAGCCUGCUCCCGUCGGCCCCCGUGCCAGAGUCCAUGACGACCCACGAGCUGCGCCAAGCCAUCGUGGCCAUGAUGAGCAGGAAAGACGAGCUGGAGGAAGAGAACAGGUCGCUGCGGAGUCUGCUGGACGGCGAGAUGGAGCACUCAGCUGCCCUCCGGCAAGAGGUGGACUCCCUGAAGAGGAAGGUGGCCGAGCAGGAGGAGCGGCACGGCACGAAGGUCCAGGCACUGGCAAGAGAAAACGAGGUGCUCAAAGUCCAACUGAAGAAAUAUGUAGGAGCUGUCCAGAUGCUGAAAAGAGAAGGUCAAACCACUGAAGUUGUCCCAAACCUUUGGAAUGUGGAUGGAGAAGUGACCGUCACUGAGCAGAAGCCGGGCGAGGUGGCCGAGGAACUGGCAAGCACCUACGAGAGGAAGCUCAUCGAGGUGGCGGAGAUGCACGGCGAGCUGAUCGAGUUCAACGAGCGCCUGCACCGGGCUCUGGUGGCCAAGGAGGCCCUCGUGGCACAGAUGCGUCAGGAGCUCAUCGACCUGCGAGGCCCGGUGCCUGGAGAUUUGAGUCAAACAUCCGAAGACCAGAGUUUGUCAGACUUUGAAAUAUCGAACCGAGCGCUCAUCAACGUCUGGAUCCCGUCGGUGUUUCUCCGGGGCAAAGCGGCGAAUGCCUUCCACGUGUACCAGGUCUACAUCCGGAUAAAAGACGACGAGUGGAAUGUUUACCGGAGGUACGCGGAGUUCAGGGCUUUGCACCACAAGCUGCAGAACAAAUACCCUCAAGUGAGGGCCUACAACUUCCCUCCCAAGAAGGCCAUCGGGAACAAGGACGCCAAGUUCGUGGAGGAGCGGAGGAAGCAGCUGCAGGACUACCUGCGCAGCGUCAUGAACAAGGUCGUGCAGAUGGUCCCCGAGUUUGCCGCCAGCCCCAAGAAAGAGACCCUCGUCCAGCUGAUGCCCUUCUUCGUCGACGUCACCCCUCCUGGAGAGCCGGCAAACAAGAGCAGCCGGCCCAAAGUGGCCUCCCGCUUCUCCAAGCUUUCGCGAGGCCACCCCAGGGAGACGCGCAACGUGGAGCCCCAGAGCGGAGACCUCUGACCUCGACGGGCCCCAGACU